GUGCCGGCCAGAGCUAGUUGACCCGUGGACUUAACGGCAGGAAGACUGACUGGAGUAUCUGUGUGUGGUGGUGACUAUCAUACAACAGACCGGUGAAAUACUCAUGGUCUAGCCUAGCGCCUCUUGUGAUCAACUCAACCGACAUCAGCAGCAGCAGUUCAGCAGGAUGGGGUCAUUCGCCACCAAAGCUAGAAAUACCAAUGCAUUGGCGAAGGUGCAGUCCAUCAACGUUGUCAGUGCCGCCAAGGAAGCCAACAAAGCGGUGGCCGAGAAAGCUGUCAACAUCAUGGAGGAACUCGAGAAAGCUGAGGCAGAGAAUGUGAACGUCGCUACGCAGGGAGUCGAAAAAGUAGCAACUGAGACAUCAAAUCUAACUGAAGAAGCCGGUGCUGGUGUGAAGCAGGGAGUCGAAAAGGUAGCUACUGAGACAGCAAAUGUUACUGAAGAAGCCGCUGCUGGUGUGAAGCAGGGAGUAGAAACGGUAGCAACUGAGACAGCAAAUCUUGCUGAAGAAGCCACCUCUAGUGUGAACCAGUUUUAGAAAAAAUCAACACCAGACAACAUGCUCCGUCAUUCGUCAACUUCAGAAUUAUAAUUCACCUUAAUUAUUAUCGUUGUCUAUUAUACAUUAGUGUUAUCAUUACUAUUAUAUUCAGAAUGGCUGCAUAUAAUUUUCUUUGAUGAAGUCUAUCCUGAACCUAAGCUAAACAUGUUCCAAAUUAAAUUAGCUCAAAAAGUCAUAAAAAUCCAAGUCUAAUAGGGUACCCGGUUUCAGUUCAGUACAAAUGAUGUAGCCGAAUAUAUAAACAAUGGGUGAUGGACCAUUUAGUAUAUAACUUUGCCCUCUGAAGAAAUUUCUGAGUACGCCCAAGAGUGGGUGGUGUAGGUGACACACACACACGGCGUGUGCGAUACACACCGUGAAACAACCUGGCCCAUUGUUUAAUUAAACUGACAGUUGGUUUUAAACGAAACAAAUAUGAAGAGGCCACACAAAUGAUGAACAAAGAACAAUAAUAUAUUUACACUACCCUGACUGCACCAUUCACGGGGUAAAUCAACAUGAAAACAAACACAAACUAACUGAAUAUUUCAUACCCCCGUUGUGGGUCGUUCGACCUGUGCCCGGGUGGACUAAUUCCCGAAAAACAAAAUAAAAAAUAAAAGACACACGAAGAAAAAUUUAACAAAGUUCUAAGGACACCAACUAAAGACAAGAACAAGACAAAAGUAGUGGUGGUGCAGGGAUAACGCAGGGUGUCGGCCACUAGUUGUGUUGCAGGAACCAUUGCUUUUAAACAACAAAUAAAAAAAAAAACAUGAAACCAUAUAGUAGAUAGCAUGCUGGAUGUGGUUUCAAAAUUUAAUAUCCAGUAACGACAUUUAGAAGCAUGACUCCGGCUGAGAAAUUUCAUAAAAAAUCCGACACGUGCCCUUUAAACUGUGUUGGUGGAUGAGCUGCACUCGCCACACACCUAUCCGCUCAGCCAAUCACGAAGAAGAACGAGCGUAACUACCCACCCAGCCAUCGAACAAUCACAUGCAUGAUUCCUUCCAGCAGUCAUCAAAUGUUGACUCGGUAAUACAAAAUAUUCAAUGGGAAUUAAUACAUAAGAAAGGAGAUUAUUGAUUAAAAUCAUACGAACUUGUCAAACCUGAACCUUGUCAUCCCAACGUUGCCACAGAAGAGCCUGGCAAAGGACAUAUGGCCGUAACUGUACGUAGAUAUGUUGGUAUAGGCAAGUAAUCAGAAUGCUAUCUUCGGAAGUACAAAAUUUUUACUAACAAUACCAUAACGGAAUUUAAAACCGUUCAGUAAGUGGUAGGCCUAUCCCGUAAAACUGCACAUAACAAUGAAAAACUAUUUCAAGCUACAACUGUAAAUCGCCCACUACAUGUCGAGUGCAACAUAAACAGCUACGAAAAUAUACAAAAUAAUUCCCAACCCUUGCACUAGUAAAUGCUUAAGUUUCGUGUUACUUACCUAAUAUAAGACAAGCGACCGGCCAUCGUCCACAGCUUGUUCUGUAACACGUCUAGUAGUUUUCCUCGCUUAUUUUCACGGAAACGUUAAUGGAUCACUUCCUAGUCGUCUUGCCCUCAUUUGUCAAAGUUUUAAAAGGUAUAACGCGACAUAAAUGCACGAAACACAAAUAUACGGUAACUAAAGUCGU